UUUUUGAAAAACUCAGAGCGGUUUUGGUAAAACCCUAGUUAUAUUUUUGUACCCACCAGAGCCUGGAGGAAAGCAGCAGCACAACUCCGACCCUCCUUAUUCCAAGUAAACCUUAACCCUAGAUUCCCUUUACCUAUGCCCUGAAAUCGAAAUCUCAUCUUAUAAAAAAGACCCCAUUUUUCUUUUACGUGGAAUCGUUGGUUUAGCUGUUUGAUUAGCUCUGAGAAAUUUAGACUUCGACUGGUUGCAAAGUUAGCGAGGUGGGGCAUGGCUGAAGAAACCCUCGUGGCAGAACCAGCAAAGGUUCCGAGGAAUAGGAGGUUAACGAAGAAGAAGGCCUCUAGGGCUAAGAAAAACCCAAAGAAACCAAUGUUAGAGGGCAUUGGUCCGAACAUCAUCAAGGUUAAGAAGAUUGACGGGAAAAUGAAGAAACUGUUCCGCAAGCGAGCGCGAGAGUAUAAUUCGGAUGAGGAUAAUGACAACGACUCUAUGGCCGUCAUUGAAGAUGACGAAUCUUCCGAGCUAGAAGAAGUGGCUAUGGAUAAUGGAGCUUCCGAUGAUGAAGAAAAUGAUGAAAUUCUUCCCGGAAUUACGAAGUUUGUGGAGGGUUGUAGAGCAUUCAGGAUUGCAUUCAGGAGUAUUAUCAAGAAGAGUGUGACUGAUGAUUCACUUGGUCCGGUGCUGUCGGCGCACAAGAAGCUCAUUGGAGAAAAGCUUGCAGAAGAGGAGGCUGAGAGGAAGAUCAAGGGUGAUACCAAGAAGGAAAAGCUCUUGGUGGGAGAAAGGGGGCAUGUUAAACCUGAUAAUUAUUUGGAUUCGCAUGCAAAGUUCCUAGUAGGCGUUGCUACAAAAGGAGUGGUCAAGUUGUUUAAUGCUGUCACUAAAGCACAAAAUGCUCAGAAAGGUCUGAAUCCUUUGAGGUCUAAGGAUGCAAAAGCACUGAGGAAGCGGAGGAAAGAAACCUUUUUCUCAGAGUUGGGCAAAGCCUCACAGCCAGCAGCUGAUACCCCUGCUAAGGGUCGUACAUCUACUAGCCAGGUGGAUGUAGAAGGGCCUUCCUGGGCUCCGUUGCGUGAUAAUUACAUGUUAACUAAUUCUAAGCUGAAGGACUGGGAUAAGUUUCCUGAAGCCAGUGUAGCAGAUGACUUCAGAAGCAUGUCAGAACAUGGUAAUUCUGACGAUUAUUAAUGUUUUGGAACUUAAUUAAGAUUGCCGUGAUUGUUUGUCAGGCAAACUUUCUGUCAGCUCAGGGAAACCAAAAUUUUGUUUCUUUUACCACAUAGGAAGUUAAUUAUGCUUUGAAAUAUAUUAUUUAUAAUAUUAUUGUCGAAAGUAAUGUGUUGUUUAUAAUAUAUCAAUGAUUUUUUUUGUUA